AUGAGUUUCAUUGCUGCCCGCACUCGGGCUCAAAGAAAGCAGCUCGCCGGCAGCACAAGCGGCACAGAAAUCCAUCUCGCUGAUGAGACAGAAACACCAGCCCCACCACUGCCAUCCCAACCCGCAGCAAAGCCCAACAUCACAGCCCUCCCCACCAAACCACCAAUCAGCCUGACGCGUUUACCACGCGACGACCACAACCUCCUCCUCAAAAAGCAACACUUUCUCCAAAAAUACGCGAUCACCGUCCCCAGAACCCUCCAGCGGAAUGUGCCCCACGCCGUCUCAGCAACACUCGUCUUUGCCCAGCAAGAGGCUGGCACAGCCGUGUGUAUUCACCCCUCGGGCCUCCUACUAACAUGUGCACACUGCGUAGCGGGGGACGAGACUGAGUUGGAUCUGGAAAAGGUUCACUGGCUUCUCUUCGCGUCUGGCAGGGCUGUGUCUGCCAAGUGUCUGGCGUGGGAUUCGCAGAGGGACCUUGCGCUGUUGCAGGUCACCGCGGCUUCAGCAGCAGCGCCUGGGGAUCUCCCAGAAGGCGUUUCUUUCCCAUCAGUGACACUAGCAGAUGGGGCACCCCAGCUCGGGGCAGGCUUGGUCUGUAUUGGCCACCCUGGCAGUGAAGACCUCGAAGCCAGUGAGGCGGGAGUAUUGACGGGGUAUGAUGUGCUGCAUCUUAGCAGCGGGUCAUUCUGCGGGUAUGCCGAGGGACAGGAUGUGCAGGACAACUCUGAGAUUGGGGCGCUGCAGCAUGAUUGUUGGACGUAUUGGGGCCACAGCGGCGCUCCGUUGUUGGACGCCAGGACGGGGAAGCUUGUUGGGAUGCACUCUUCUUGGGAUGAUGAGACUGGUAUGAGGAGGGGGGUUGCGCUGGAGGCGAUUAAGAUGUUUUUGAAGGCACGUGUUUGA